AUAUUUUCCAAGCAUAUCUAUAGUGAUUUUUUCGACAUUUUUUUUUUUUUUCAUUUGAAUUUAAACAUGGAUUCUUCAGUGGAAGUUGUUAUUUCUGGAUUUGCAGGAAAAUUUCCAGAAUCAAAUAAUAUCGAAGAACUAGAAAAAAAUUUAAUGAAUAAAGUUGAUAUGAUAACUGAAGAUGAACGUCGUUGGAAACAUGGUAAAAAUAUUUUUUUGGAAAUUUAUUAACUUGAUCAUUUGCUUAACAAAUAAAUGUAUAUUUUCAGAAAUUUCAAACAAACUCGGAAUUUCAAAACGUGGUGGAAACCUUAAACACCUUGAUAAAUUUGAUGCACAAUUUUUUAGAGCUAGUUCAAAACUUGCCAACUCUAUGGAUCCAUCAAGUAGAAUAUUGUUAGAACAAACAUAUGAAGCAAUUGUAGAUGCAGGAAUUAAUCCGAUACAAUUAAAAGGAAGUAAAACUGGCGUAUACAUUGCUUCAAUGCUUAUAGAAAGUGAAAAAGAAUUAUUAACAAGCUAUAAUGCUGACGAUUGUGGUUUAAGUGUUUUUGGAUGUAGUAGAGCUGUACAGGCCAACAGAAUAAGCUACAAUUUUGGAUUUAUCGGUCCAAGUUUUGCAGUUGAUUCUGCUUGCAGUUCAACUCUCGUUGCUUUAGAGCAUGCAAUGAAAGCAAUCAAAAGUGGUGAUUGUGAAUCAGCAAUUGUUGGUGGCAUCAAUCUUUGUUUGAAUCCUUGUGUAACCCAUAAACUUAAUAAACUACGUGUUCUAUCUGCUGAUGGAAAAUGCAAAACAUUUGACGAUAGAGCAGAUGGAUAUGUUCGCAGUGAAGCAGUUGCUGUAUUAUUCCUUCAAAAAUCUAACGUUGCAAAACGUAAAUAUGCUACAGUUGUUAACUGCAAAUCGAACAAUGAUGGAUUCAAAGAAAGCAGUAUUGCUCAUCCAUCACAUACUAUGCAAUGUAGACUUUUCCAUGAACUUUAUAAUGAAUGUGGUGUGUCACCAAACUCUGUUGAUUAUGUCGAAGCACAUGGACCUGGUACAAAAAUUGGUGAUAUGGUAGAAGCCAACUCAAUUGAAUCAGUGUUCUGUGUGAGCAGAUCAAAACCUUUAUUGAUUGGUUCAAUUAAAUCAAAUUUAGGUCAUUCUGAGGCAGCUAGUGGAAUGUGUUCAAUUGCUAAAAUUAUCAUUGCCAAUGAAUCGGGAAUAAUUCCUCCAAAUUUAAAUUUUGAAGCACCUGCAAAAAAUAUUAAAGGUAUCAUUGAAGGAAAAAUGAAAGUUGUUACUGAUCCAGAACCAUGGAAUGGUGGAUACAUUGGUAUUAAUUCAUUUGGUGUGGGUGCAACUAAUGCUCAUGUUUUAUUGAAGUCAAAUGACAAACAAAAAAUGAAUGGAGGUGCACCAGCUGAUGAUCUUCCAAGAAUUGUUGUUAUUUCUGGAAGAACAAAUGAAGCUGUUGAAACAUUUUUAACCAGUAUCGAAAAUAAUCCAGUUGACGUUGAAUACAUUAGACUUUUACAUGACAUUCAUGCUCUAGAUAUUCCGAAGCAUAUUUAUCGUGGUUAUUCCAUUCUCAGUAAAAAUAAAAAUUCUAAUUGUUUUCCAAGAGCAAUUGAACAAUAUGUGGCAACAAAACCGCCAAUUUAUUUUAUUUUUUCUGGAAUUGAGUCACAAUGGCCAGCCAUGGGAAUAGCUUUUCUUCGUUUUCCAAUAUUCGCCAAGGCAAUUCAAACAUGUGAUCGUAUUUUGCGCCCGAAAAAUAUUGAUAUUUAUAAUAUUUUAACAAAUCCUGCUGCUGAUGUUUGCAGUGAUGUUAUAAAUUCAAGUGUUGCAAUUACUGCACUGCAAAUUGGUUUGGUUGAUUUGUUGACAUCAUUAGAUAUUGUUCCAGAUUUCAUAAUUGGUAAUUCUAUUGGCGAAUUAGCUUGCGCUUAUGCAGAUGGAUCUUUAACAAUAAGUCAAACAAUAUUGGCUUCUUAUUUUAGAGCUCAUGCAUUGACUCAAAUAAAAUCGAUACCUGUAUCUAUGGCUACUAUUGAAUUAGGCCACACUGAUGUCAAAAAAAUGUGUCCUUCAGAUAUACAAAUUUCUUGUCACAAUAGCUCUAAUAGUACAACGGUUUUAGGACCAAUAGACUCAGUCAAGUUAUUCGUAACCAAACUAACUGCUAAAAAAAUUCCUGUCAAAGAGAUAAAUUGUAAUAACAUUGCUCAUCACAGUCACUACGUUGCUCAAGCUUAUCCAUUACUUUUAAAUUAUUACAAAGCGCUUAUUCCUGAAAAAAAAGUUCAUUCUUCAAAGUGGCUUAGCACUUCUGUAUCACAGAGCCUAUGGUCUUCAACAACUCAAUUUUCUUCAGCAGAAUAUCAUGCAAAUAAUUUUGUUAGUUCAAUUUUAUUUGAGCAAGUAUUUUCUUUAAUUGAAAAAAAUUCAAUUAUCAUUGAAAUUGUUCCAAGUGAACUUGUUGAAUCAAUUUUAAAAAAUUCACCUGAUUCAACCUUGACAAAUAUUGUUUUGGCAAAAAAAAAUCAUCAAGAUAAUGUUAUAACAUUUCUCGAAGGAAUAGGAAAAUUAUUCAUAACUGGUCAUCAACCUAAUGUUGCCAAAUUAUAUCCUGAUAUUGAAUUUCCAGUAUCAAGAGGAACACCAAUGAUCUCACCACAUGUUAAAUGGGAUCAUUCUGAUGACUGGUAUGUCCCAACAUACACAGCAUAAAUAACAAAAAAAAAUAUAUGUGGUUAUACGAUUUAAAAAUCAUUCAUUCCAAAUAUACUUUAUCAUAUGUUGUCAUAUUGAUUAUUAAAAUGAUAUUCAAUUUAAUUUAUCAUUCAUCAAAUCUGUUCUUCAUUGAUCCAAAGUAUACACAAUUUAUUUCGUAAGAAUUGGAAAUGAGCUAUAAAAAUUUAAAAUAACAAUUAUAUUUAUUGUUUUUUUUUUCUUUUUAGAUGAAAUGAACAAUUUCUUUUUAUUUUUUUUUUUUAAUUCCAAGGCUCAUAUUUCUACCGUCUUCAUUAUUCUAAGAAAAAAUUUUUUUUUACAUUAAAUUGCAUUAAAUAUUGGUAUUGCAAUAACGCAGUUUUUUUUCUAUGGGGAUGAUUUAAACCACUAGUGAUUUUUCAACCUCCUUCUUGUCACCCAGAGUAAGAUAACAAAAUGUCGUAAAAAAAAAAUACUUUUUCAUGUUCUUCAGCACAAUUUUUAUUCCAGUAUUAAAAAAAAUAUAUAUUCUUUUGCUAUUUUGUCAGUUAUUCACUACUUAACACAAAUAUUAUUAUUUAUCUACUAAGUUUGUUUUUCCAAUAAACUGGACUGGCUGGUGCCCUCUGUAAAAUAUUCCUGCAUGCUCGUACUUUCAUCGGCUACGUAUCAACUCUCGGUAAAAUUUCUUUCAUCACUACUUUACCCAACAGUUAUCCAAAAAUACUUAUCAAAAAAAAAAAAUCAUAUAACUAAAUUAUUGUACACAGUUAAACAACCAAACAAUUCUAUUAUGUUAAAUUAUUUUUUUCAUUGACUUUAUUCGUACAAAAUAAAUUCUCUUUGACAAUAAUCAUUACGAGAUUACAUUGUACUUAUUAAUAAUGAGUUAUUAUUUAAACAACAAUAUACUAAAACUAAUUUAUGACAAAAAAAAUAUAUAUAUAAAAAUUGUAGUAUUUCUCAAAUCUAAUUUGAACUUGAUAUGUUAACUUUAAAAUUUUCAAUGACCAAAAUUGGACGGACUGUAUUAUCUGACAAAAAAAUUGCAGUCUUUGGUCAUAAUAAAAAUUUAGUAAUGGAAUUAAAAUUCUUUGAUUCACUGUUAUUUGAAUAUAAUGUCUUAAAUUAAUUAU